AUGCCUGUCGCGACUGCCCGAAGUCUCUCCCCAUCCGAAGAUAUUCUUGUAUUCAAACGCUUCAAAUCCGAUCACAAUGUUGGUCACACUUCAAAGCUGACAGAGCAAGCGGAGCUCAAUGUCGAGGAAGAAUCUAUCAACGCCUCUGUCGAGAGGUCGUCGGAUGAGGCAUUAGACGUUCGAUCAGAAAUCGAAUUGGUGGAAGAGCAAAUGAGCUUACCUGUUGAGUAUCCUAGAGUAUAUGAAAAAGAGAUAGAUUAUCGGGAAAAGCUAGUGCUGGCCCCUAUGGUACGAACAGGUAGCUUGCCUAUGGUUGGUGUAGUUCCUCGUCAGCAAAUUACUAUCAACUACUAA